AUGAUUCGAGGCAUCGCGCCGGUCCGCGCCGCCACCGCUCCGCCGCAGCGGCCCGCACGGCCCGCGCGGGGCGGCGCCCGCGUGCUGCGCCGGCCCCUGCCUCCCCGGGCAACCUCCGGCGGGUCCGAGUCGCCGGACCCGGCGGACGAGCCGGACUUCUGGGAGGGCGAGCAGUGGGAGGGCGUCGGGCAGGCGGCGAAGUACUUCAUCCCAGCGAUCACGGUCCUGGCAGCGCUGGUGGGGCUGUACGCGCAGCAGGCUUACAACUCGGACGCCGACACGUACCUGCUGAGCGCGCCGAGCGAGACGCAGGGCCCGGCGCUCGUGCGCGCGAGCGACAUGACCAUCAUCGAGGACGACUGA